AUAAAAAAAAUAACAUUUCCAAAUUUACAUUUGUAAAGAACAAAAAACCAAUCUCCCUAACAUGUUUUCUUUUGCUCCCUUGUUUUGUAAGAAAUAAUUUUUGACAAAAUUCCGAUGCUCCGCACGUGAAUUCUCUUCCUCCCUUCGCGCGUGUCUCCGAUCAGGAAUUGUUGAUGGGUGCCCCUAAACAGAAAUGGACAGCAGAAGAAGAAGCUGCCCUCAGGGCAGGAGUUUUGAAGCAUGGAACUGGCAAAUGGCGCAAUAUACUUUCAGAUCCUGAGUUUAGUUCCGUCUUGCAUUCUCGCUCAAAUGUGGAUCUCAAGGAUAAAUGGAGAAAUAUAAAUGCAACAGCCAUAUGGGGAUCAAGGCAAAAGGCCAAGCUUGCUCUUAAAAGAAAUCUGUUGGUCGCUAAACAUGAUGAUAACCCCAUGGCUCUAAUCACCGUACCCCCAAGAGAAGAAGUUGUUGAUGCUAAGCCCCUUGCAGUUUCUAGUGGAACACCAAGGGCAACUGGUUCCAAAAAACCAAUUUCAAGGUUGGACAAUAUUUUAUUAGAGGCUAUCACUAGUUUGAAAGAGCCAAGUGGUUCUGACAGAGCUUCAAUUGCUUUAUACAUAGAGGAGAAAUACACCGCUCCACCAAACCUCAAGAAGCUGUUGGCAACAAAAUUAAAGCUGUUGGUAGCAAAUGGAACACUGAUAAAGGUAAAGCACAAGUACAGGAUUGCGCCACGUUCAACAAUUUCUGAAGCAAGAAGAUCUCCUCCAGUUCCUUUGGAAGGAAGGCAGAAGGAUUCUUCCAAAGCAGAGAAGAAGGGCAUCAACAUUCUUACUAAAACCCAAGUUGAUGCAGAGUUGUCAAAAAUGAGAAGCAUGACUGCAGAAGAGGCUGCUGCAGCUGCUGCACGAGCAGUUGCAGAGGCAGAAGUUGCAAUUGCAGAGGCUGAAAAGGCAGCAAGAGAGGCAGAGGCAGCAGAAGCUGAAGCAGAAGCAGCAAAAAUUUUUGCUAAAGCGGCAGAGAAAGCAUUUAAGUCUCGGAUGCUAGUUACCUGAUGGCAUAAAUGGAUAGAUACCUACCAUUUGGUAGUUUGUUGCUGGAACCAUGCAUCAGACUUGACAUCAUGCUUGCCUCGUAUAUCAACUACAGUCAUGUCUAUAACCGUAAAUAUAAUAGGCUUGUAAAGAGGAAAAUGUGAGAUUAAUCCAUGGAGUCCUGCUUCUUUUUGAACAAACAUUUGGUGAGGAGCUUAGAGGUUUUUGUGAUUCUAUAACUUUAUCAUGAAGUCAAGGGUACAGAUAUAGCAAAAGAAAUAGAAUUAGGCAUUUAUGAUGGCAUGCUUGAGAUAUGAUCUGUCUUUUCCGAAUACAAUUAAACUGCAAUUUUGCAAGUGGGUAUUCAAGCAAUGUAUUGUUGUUGUUGGCUAAUGACCACUUAAGUAAAGGAACCUCUCUUUCUCUGGGGUUGAGGGUUGCAGUCUAGUCAUCUUUUCGUUUGAACUGCAACCAUAUCAUCUGUCUGCUAAAAAUGAUUUGCUUCCUCAAAAAUUGAAUGAUUAUAUAGCUUUCUGUGAAGUUUGUAGGUCCAUACUUUUAUCAGAUUGGAAGCAGGAGCUCAGGUAACCUAUAAUACAACUACAUUACCAUGAUGAAGCCCUUUGGUCCUGGGUAGCUAUGCGGAAACAACAAUAUGCUUAACCACCAAGCUGGGUCGACUUAAAUUUUUCAAACCAUAGGCCUGUUCAUGUUUUCUUCUGCCUUUAAACGUGCAAUCGCUACAUAUCGUAACAAGUAGGAAGGAAAAUUGGCUAAUUAAACACAGGGACACUGAGGUGCAACUUUUGAUCCUGGUUUAGCUUACAACAAUCCAGUAUAAGAUUUUCCCUAGUUACUGAACUUGUUGCCAUAGAAUAGAUCAUUUUUAAAACUAUUAGAGCCUACAAAAACUUGGUUUGUAAAUUUACUAACCUCUUUCUGGUUACAGUUAAAUCACUGAGACAGGAGAGACCAGAGUCCUAAUCUUCAACAAACAUGGGAAAAGCCUCAAGUCAUCGUCCUUAGAACAUCUGUCAAAUGAAGCUGCAAUGGCCAACGAGCUAUACACAAGGUUUUACUACCCGCUACCCAGGCCUUCCCAAAAUUUUGAUAUUGAUUAGUUCAAAGCAUCAUAGAAAUGGCUUUGAAUUUGCAAACUCUCCAAGGUGGCUCCACUUCUACCUAAUUUUAGCUCACAAUAGGAAUGG